AAACAUAAGACGAGAUCAAGAACGCGUGGAUACACUGUUGAAGAAUGCACGUAGCUGUACUCCGGAGUAGAUUCAUUCAAGUAAUGCCACCACUUGAGCUUCUAAGCCAGUUGGCAGUAAGCAUGCCUCAGGCAUACAUAUCUGGCCCCACGAUUGAACGCCCCACCAUUUCCGCAUCAAUCAGGCCAUCCUCCGACCCACGAAUAUUCGUAGUGUACUUCCUCCAACAUUCAUCUGGAACAUUAUUCUUUCUCACAUCGGUCCUUUAUGGAGUCUCCAAACCAAAAAGGGGACUCUGUCCCCCAGUAUCUCAAACAGUCGCAUGAGCGUAUCUUCGAGAACAAUCGCGCCUGGGUCGCGACGAAAAUGAAAGAAGACCCCGCUUUUUUCGAGAAGCUUUCUGCAGGACAGACCCCGGAAUAUCUGUACAUCGGCUGCAGUGACAGUCGCGUCCCAGCCAACGAGAUCAUGGGUCUCGAAGCCGGGGAGGUCUUCGUCCACCGGAACAUCGCGAAUCUGGUCCCCAACACUGACCUUAACGUGAUGUCGGUCAUUAAUUACGCCGUCCGACAUCUACGGGUCAAGCACAUUGUCGUCUGCGGCCACUACCACUGCGGUGGUGUCAAAGCCGCGCUGACACCCUCCGACCUGGGGCUCCUGAACCCCUGGCUUCGGAACGUGCGCGAUGUGUACCGUCUGCACGAGCGGGAGUUAGAUGGGAUUCAAGAUGCAACUGCUCGAUACAAGCGUCUUGUGGAGUUGAAUGUCAUCGAGUCCUGUAGAAAUGUGAUCAAGACGGCUGCGGUGCAGCAGAGCUUUCAUGAGCGGCAGUUCCCCGUUGUUCAUGGCUGGAUAUUCGAUGUGGAGACUGGUCUUCUUAGGGACCUGGAGAUUGAUUUUGAAGAGACGUUGCGGGAUAUCAAGAAGAUAUACAAUCUUGCGCCGGGUUCUUAGCACUCGGUUUCGAACAUGCGCGUACUACAUACCAUUUUCAGUGUGUCACGUCAGUUAGAAUUUUCAAAUCUAGUGAUAAGACCCGUAACAGUACAAGCUCCAAAAUUUCUACCCGGAAGUUACCGGCUUGAUACUGGUGACACAGCCUCGAC